AUGCUGCAUUCUCGGAUAGACAAAUCUACGCCAGCAAUAUCUUCUACAGCUAACAAUGUUUCAUCGGAUAUAGUAGAACAAAUAAGUUUAAGUCCAUACUCAAACAAAGCGUUACUCAAUAACCAUAAUUCAUCAGUGAAUAAAAACUGGUCAUAUUGCCGAAUUCUUCCAGUUACUUUAUAUGGCACCAGAAGGACUAUUAACACAUAUGCAUUGAUGGAAGAUGGGUCAACACUAACGCUUAUUGAAGCAAGUCUAGCCGAUGAAUUGGGAAACAAUGGUAUCCAGGAUGCGCUAUGCAUUAAUUUGACAGGUAAUAUCAGUCGACAGGAAAAUAACUCAAAAAGGCUCAACUUACAAAUUUCUGCCAAUGCUCCUCAAGCUAAAAAAUUCCCAUUGAAAAAUGUCCGCACAGUAAGCAACUUACGCAUGUCAGCAGAAUCUUUUGCAGCUGAUAAAAUAAAACAAGGGUAUCCGCAUUUAGAUGGCUUGCCUCUAGCAAGUUAUACAAAUGCUGUCCCCAUGUUGAUUAUCGGCGUAAAUAAUCCAAACUUAAUUUCAGCACUUAAGGUGAGGAAGGGUGGCUGGCAAGAGCCCGUGGCGGUGAAAACACGUCUUGGUUGGACAGUUUUUGGUGGUGGUGAAUUAAACCCCCGUAACAACUUAAACCUACACAAAUGUAGCUGUGGAAAAGAAGCUGAUAGGGAGCUUCAUGAGUUAGUAAAGACAUUUAUAGUAAACGAGAAUGUCGCGGUGGCUACCCCAAAAGCAGAAUUACUUUCAGUUGAGGAUCAGCGAGCAGAGGAAAUAAUGCGCAAGUGCCAGUUACGCGGAAAUCGCUACGUUGUCAAUUUGCCAUGGAACACCGAUACGGUCGAAUUGCCAAAUAGCUUGCCGAUGGCAUUACGUCGAGCGGAGUGCUUACGUCGAAAAAUGCAUGGGGACCCCGAAUUGUGUCAAAAGCUAAAGGAACAAAUCACUACUUUAGUCAGCAAGGGCUACGCAACUGAGUUGCCACCAGAAGCAAUUAACGAGCGAGGUGGGAAGAUUUGGUAUUUACCAAUUUUUAUUGUGCGCAAACUACUUAAACCGAAAAAGCAUAGAUUAGUUUGGGAUGCUGCAUCCAAAGCUGAAGGAGUGUCACUAAACGAUUUUUUGCUGAAGGGGCCGGAUAUGCUGCGACCACUUAUAAACAUAUUAUUAAAUUUUCGUAUACCAAAAUUAGCUGUCUGUGGUGACAUUGCUGAAAUGUUUCAUCGAAUUCUAGUACAAGAAGCAGAUACUGAUGCUCAGAGAUUUCUAUGGUUCAGCGAGACAUUUUGCGUUUAUAAAUUAAAUGUAGUUAGCUUUGGUGCGCGAUGUUCACCAUAUAUAGCGCAUUUUAUUCGAAACCUGAACGCAGAAAGAAUUAUAGCUAAAAAUCCUAGAGCAGUGUACGCUAUUAAAAACAAUCAUUACGUGGAUGACUUUAUAGAUUCAACAAAUUCCAUUGAACAAGCAAUAGCAUUAGCCGAGGCAGUUCGCAACAUACAUGAACAAGGUGGUUUCCAUAUGAGAAGCUGGACAAGUAAUGCACCAGAAGUUUUAGCUGCGUUAAACGAAAAUGGUGAACAGACGGGUAAGUCGUUUGAUAAUAAUAUCGACACACUUCCGAUCGAAAAAAUUCUCGGCAUGUAUUGGGACCCGAAGUCAGAUUGCUUUAAAUAUGUUUUAAAAUUCGUUCGUUUACGUCGUAAUGUUUUUGCAGAUGAAAUUGUACCCACUAAAAGAGAAGUACUUCAAAUUUUAAUGUCCAUUUUUGAUCCAUUGGGACUGGCAGCUUGCCUCACAUCAUAUUUAAAAAUACUUAUUCAGGAUAUUUGGAGAAGCGGAAUCGACUGGGAUCAACCACUGGUACCCGAUCUUAUGGGCAAGUGGUUAGCUUGGGUUGCCUACAUGCCUAUUUUUGCUAAUAUUUCUGUACCCCGUUGUUAUUCACCAUACAUAACAGAAAGUUCAUGUGAUGUACAAAUUCAUACAUUCGUAGAUGCGAGUGAGUUUGCUUAUGCAGCUGUAUCAUACUUCCGCAUUAAAGAUAAAUAUGGAGUAAGUACGAGGAUCGUAGCAGCAAAAACCAAAGUCGCUCCAAUGCGACCGAUGUCUAUUCCAAGAAUGGAGCUACAAGCUGCUGUAAUUGGUACACGGCUUAUGAAUACAAUAUGUAAAGUACACACAUUUGAUAUUAAAAAGCGUUUCAUUUGGAGCGAUUCCAAAACGGUGCUAAAGUGGUUGCGUGGUGAUCCACGUCAAUUUCAACAAUUCGUAAUGUUUCACAUUGCAGAAAUUCAAGAAGCAUCAACCGUGGAAGAGUGGAGAUGGGUACCCACGAAAUUAAAUACUGCAGACAGUGCAACGAAAACAAAACAAAGUCCCGAAUAUGUGCAGCGGUGGGUCGAAGGACCAGAAUUUUUGCUACAAGGACUUAGGUCCGAUGGAGACCAGUGA